CCGGCGGAAAUUACCUAAAUUGCGUGGGAAGUCAAACGAUUCCAAAAUCUUUUCUAGUUGGGUGGAUCUCUUUUAUUCUUUUCGAAUACACCCGAACAAGAGGACGCGCCGCCUUCCCAUCUCCUAAUCGAGUUUGAUUUCGACAACUUAAAUACUGAAGUCUCACCACAGAUAAGGUCAUUAUGGUCUUCCACUACCACAAGCCUCUGACCACGAUGUACGGCGACAACUACCGUUACGGUACCUCUCUGUACUCACCCUCAUCGAUGGAUAUUGAAAGAAGUUACCGAAGCAGUUUAUCAAGAACCCAUGUCAGGUCAGACAGGGGAGAUCUGGGAAUGUACACCUUCGCCGGAUCCAAUAUCCAUGGCGGUACUCCUGCUGCGGAGAGGAUCCAAGGUACCAAGGUGAGAGGUUACAACCCCGACUUGUACGCUCCUCUGAACACCGGUGAGUAUGGUAAGGGUUAUUAUGACCACCUGCGAGCCACCACGCCUCCACCAAGAGAAAGAAGCAGCAAGAUGGCAGAUUUAUAUGAACCAAUAAAUCCAACUGAGUAUCAUCCACAUUACUACGAUCAUCUGAGAGCCUCCUCUCCUGAACCAAGAGCAAGAAAAGGCCCCAUUCCUUACUAUGACCUCAUAGAAUCUCCCUACCACACCCGUCCAUACAAGUUAUCUAGUGACUACACCUUCGACAGUACCAAGAAGACUUCCUCCACUGAUUACAGCUAUGACUUCCACAGCCAUGACGAUAGCGGGAAGAAGACUACCACAAAGAAGACAACCACAACAGAAUAUUGGGUGCCUCUUACCACACAUAUCUAUCACACACCUUACCAUACCUACUUUUACAGGUCCACACCUUUCAGUAGCUAUACCUACAGAACAACCGAUGACCUCUACAACUAUGACUUUCUCGAUGAUUACAAAAGGUAUUCAAAAACGACCACAACGAGAACAAGCAAAAAUCUCGAAGCUCUGGACCUGAGCGUCAGCAAGAGCUAUGAAAAAUCAGAUUACAGCCACUACACACAGAAGUGCCAGGAAAUCCAAAGCCAAUUAAAUGAAGUAAACAAGUGGAUCCAAGAUGCCGAGACGAAGCUCAAGAGCGAGGUGGUCAGCACCAGGAGUAAAAUCCAGUCCGAACUGGGCGAGGUGACCUCGAUUCUCGACGAGACCUCCAAGUACAGCGAUGACCUUCACAGAGUAAUCAGGAAGCAAGCCAAACAGAUUUCGUCAUUAAACAAAGAAUACGAUGAUGUCAACCGUCACUUGGUGGAUAUUGCUGAUGUUCUUGAGAGGUCAAGAUCUCGUUGCCAGACACUGCAAUCUGAAUUAUCAUCUGUGCAAUCAGUUAUAGAUAUGAAAACGCACAGAAUUUAAAUUGUUUUUGUCAUGUCCGUCCAUAUUCAAGUGAGAGUCUACUAGGCUAUAAAAGUGGACAAAAAUAUUUGAUGUCCUUGAUGUGUCGUCUUUAACUUACAACUACUAUUACGGACCAAGAUGAACACACAUGAUUUUACAGGAAGUUACCUAGUUCUUAAGAUGGCACGAUGUCACCCUUUGUUUAACUAAAUAACAACUUACUAACAAUUUAACAUCAGUGUGAUAAUAAUAAGAAUGAUAUAGUUUAGAUAUAAGAGUUAUGAUAUGAUUGUUUGAUUUAUGUAUCAUUGAAAUGCAUAAUAUAUUUUCAUUUUGAUCCGUAAUAUCAUUGUAAAAUGCAUUGUAUAUGAUCGUUCGUAUUGUAUAUUCACUAUCAGAGGUUGUCAAGAAGAGAAUGGAACAAUCAUUAUGUGAUCUAGAGCUACAAAACUGCCGCUACCAACUUCAAAUGUCUCUACAGAGCAUAUGGUGUCUAUAAUUUUGUUUUCAUUCUUUGUGGCGUGGCAUGUGAUAAAGAUCCUCUGUUGGAAAUUUCAAUAAACAUCUUUAUGUUUG